AUGACAUCGACCGAUGAUUCAUCGCAAAAUCAAGUAGUUUUUGCUAAUGGAUCUUCUUCAGACAACAACAAAACCAAUUCUGAUUCUUCUCGUAAAACUACGUACGAGGAUCUUGUCCAAAACUCUGAUCUCUUCUGGGAAAAACUCCGUGAUUUUCUCGGAUGUACUGACAACCCUUUAAUGGUUCCUACUGUGGGAGGAAAAAGUAUCUGUCUACAUAAGCUUUUCAAAGAGGUUACAGCUCGACUCGGUCUUGAAAGGGUGAUCAAGGACCGUAAAUGCACUGAAGUGAUUGCAACAUUUGGUUUGAAGACCCCAAUAACAAAUGCUUCACUUGCUUUGAAGAAGCACUAUGUGCCAAUGCUCUUUAAAUUCGAGCAUGUGUAUUACCUCAAAAAACCAGUUUCUUCAUUCGCGGCGAGAGCACUGCGAGCUGGAACCGAGGUUGAUGGGAUAAUCGAAGGGAAGUUCAAUAACGGUUAUUUUGUAAGGGUGAAGAUGGGUUCAAAAGAGCUCAAAGGAGUGGUUUACCGUCUUGAAUCUCCAAGCCGCAAGAAGAAAUCAAAAUCAGAUCCUAAGAAACCUAAGUCGCACAGAAGCGGUUAUAACUUCUUCUUUUCCGAGACCUACGAGAGGCUUAGACCUCAUUUCCCUAGAUCAGGACAACUUCUCACUCUAGAAAUUGCGGAAAUGUGGAGAAGUCUCUCUAAAUCUGAUAGAGAGGUUUAUCAAGAAAAAGGUCGUAAGGAUAGGGAGAGGUCUAGGAAAGAGAUCUCGGAGUACAAAUCUUUAAUGGCUUCCCGCGCUGCGACUGAUGCAGCGGUGAAUGAUGCAGCUGCUGCAGCUGAGGCUGUUGCGACCGAUGCAGAGAUGAAUGAUGCAACGGAUUCUGAUGCAACGGUGUCUGAUGCUGGAACCGAUGAAGCGAUGAAUGAUGCAGAGAAUGAUGCAGCGACCGCGGCUGAGUAG